GGUUUGACGACCUACAUGCUUGUGCUGAUCCUGGAGCUCCUGAACAUGGAUACAAGACACCCAGUGCAGGUGUUUUCUUUGAAAGCGUGGUAGUCCGGUUUCAUUGCCAAGAAGGAUACAGGCUUAAUGGUACUUCAAAGAAACUUUGUGUGAGACACUUUAAUGGCUCCCUGAGCUGGAAACCAAGUGAUAAACCUGUGUGCCUACAAGAAGUCACAGAUUGCCUUGUUCCACAUGUUGAAGAUGCAGAGAUUCAUAACAAGACAUACAGGACUGGCGAUAAGUUAAUAAUCAGCUGUCAUGAAGGAUUCCAGAUCCGUUACCCUGACUUAGACAACAUGGUUUCAAUAUGUCAAGACGAUGGAACAUGGGAUAAUCUGCCCAUUUGUCAAGGUUGCCUGAGGCCAUUGGUUCUUCCUCAUAGUUACAUUAACAUAUCUGAGUUCGAGUCCUCCUUCCCCGUAGGAACAGUGGUGUAUUAUCAAUGCUUUCCUGGAUAUAAACUAGAAGGGGCAGAGUUCCUUGAGUGCAUGUAUAACCUUAUCUGGUCAGAUAGCCCACCUAGGUGCCUUGAUGUGGAAG